CGCGGGUGCCGAGGCCGGCCCUCCGGGGGUUUGUGGCGGUUGCGUCGCCAUGCCCGGCCGCCCUGACGACUACGAGGUGCUGCUCACCAUCGGCGCCGGGUCCUACGGCAGGUGCCGCAAGGUGCGCCGCAAGGCCGACGGCAAGAUCUUGGUAUGGAAGGAGCUUGACUACGGCUCAAUGACAGAGGCAGAGAAACAAAUGCUUGUUUCGGAAGUGAAUUUGCUUCGUGAGCUGAGACAUCCGAAUAUCGUCCGCUAUUACGACCGGAUCAUCGACAGAAGCAGCACCACCCUGUACAUCGUGAUGGAGUACUGUGAUGGUGGUGACCUGGCUAGCUUAAUUGCAAGGUGCACAAAAGAAAGGCAUUACUUGGAAGAAAGCUUUGUUCUCCGAGUAUUGACUCAAUUGACAUUGGCCUUGAAGGAAUGUCACAGACGGAGUGAUGGUGGAGUCACUGUGCAUCGUGACCUAAAACCAGCAAAUGUCUUUCUAGAUGGCAAGCAGAAUGUGAAACUUGGAGAUUUUGGACUGGCUAGAAUAUUGCACCAUGACACCAGCUUUGCCAAAACAUUCGUUGGAACUCCAUAUUAUAUGUCUCCAGAACAAAUGAACCACAUGUCAUACAAUGAAAAAUCUGACAUCUGGUCCCUAGGAUGUCUCCUGUAUGAACUAUGUGCUCUCUCGCCUCCAUUUAGAGCUUACAACCAAAAGGAGUUGGCAGAAAAGAUAAGGGAAGGGAAGUUCAGACGAAUACCAUAUCGUUACUCAGAGCAGUUGAAUGAACUUCUCAAAGAGAUGCUGAAUGUAAAGGAUUAUUGCCGACCUUCUGUUGAAGAUAUUCUGCAGCACCCCUUGAUAGCAGAUUUGGUGACAGAAGAACAAAGACAAAAUUCUGAUAAAAGAGGCCGGAGAUCAUGGGAGCCAGAAAGGCUGCAGCAUUCAGAUGCUGCAGUGAAUGAGCUGAAACGGAAGGAACAACAAUUACAGGAGCGAGAACAAGCCAUUAAAGACAGAGAGCAACGUUUGGAGCAGAGAGAACGGGAACUCUGUGUUCGAGAGAGACUGGCAGAGGACAAACUUGCUAGAGCUGAAAACCUGAUGAGGAACUACAAUCUCUACAAACAGCAGAGGACAUUAGCUUGUGCAGAUGGUCCAGAUAAUGCAUUCCUGCUCCCCUUUUCUACAAACAAAAAGAAAGUACACUUUGAUGGAAGUGAAGAGAAUGCUGUGCCUCCUGUUAAUUUGGAGAACUAUCCCCUUUCUAAAGGGAAAUGCUCUGAUCUCAAGAAACGUCUAUAUGCUGCAAAUCUACGGGCUCAAGCACUGUCUGAACUGGAAAAAAACUAUCAACUAAAGAGCAGACAAAUCUUGGGCAUGCGCUGAAACUGUAACAUGGAUGUUAAAAAUGAUUAAAUGUUUAGGAAGAUAUUUGUGCCUCCCUCUUUUAAGCUGGAACCUACUGAAAAUUUAUUUUAACCGUUGUUAGACAAACUCUUAGU